CGCGCGGCCGGCGAAUGACGCGCUGUGCGAGGAAGGCGCGCGUCCGUGCAGGUGGAGGCAUGUAGCAGUACCUGAAGCCAGCUCGUCGUUGCGUCUUCUUCUUCCUGACGUCGCCCGCCCGAGCGGAAGAGGAGGAGAAGGAAGGGAAGGGAAGGGAAGGGAAGGGAGGAGUAGAGGACGUGAGGACGCUUCCUUCCAUCUUGAACGGCGGCGGCGGAUUCCGCCGCCAUGGCGAGCGACUCCCCCGCGAGGAGUCUGGACGAGAUCGACCUGUCUGCUCUCAGGGACCCGGCGGGAAUCUUUGAGCUGGUAGAACUGGUCGGUAACGGAACCUACGGCCAAGUUUACAAGGGUCGCCAUGUCAAGACCGGCCAGCUGGCGGCCAUCAAGGUCAUGGAUGUCACGGGAGAUGAGGAGGAGGAGAUUAAAGCGGAGAUCAACAUGCUGAAGAAGUACAGCCACCACAGGAACAUCGCCACCUACUACGGCGCCUUCAUCAAAAAGAAUCCUCCCGGCAUGGACGACCAUCUGUGGCUGGUGAUGGAGUUCUGCGGCGCCGGCUCGGUGACGGAUCUCAUCAAGAACACCAAAGGCAAUUCCCUGAAAGAGGAGUGGAUCGCCUACGUGUGCAGGGAGAUCCUGAGGGGUCUCACUCACCUUCACCAGCACAAGGUCAUCCACCGCGACAUCAAAGGUCAAAACGUGCUCCUGACCGAGAACGCCGAAGUCAAGCUAGUGGACUUUGGCGUCAGCGCUCAGCUGGAUCGCACGGUGGGCCGACGGAACACCUUCAUCGGGACUCCUUACUGGAUGGCGCCGGAGGUCAUCGCCUGUGACGAGAACCCGGACGCUACCUAUGACUUUAAGAGCGAUUUGUGGUCGCUGGGUAUCACGGCCAUCGAGAUGGCCGAGGGAGCGCCGCCUUUGUGCGACAUGCAUCCCAUGAGAGCGCUCUUCCUCAUUCCCCGAAAUCCCGCCCCCAGACUCAAGUCAAAGAAGUGGUCCAAGAAGUUCCAGUCGUUCAUCGAGAGCUGCCUGGUGAAGAGUCACGGGCAGCGGCCGAGCACGGAGCAGCUGCUCAAGCACCCCUUCAUCCGCGAGCUGCCCAACGAGCGGCAGGUGCGCAUCCAGCUCAAAGACCACAUCGACCGCACCAAGAAGCGCCGCGGGGAGAGAGAUGAGACCGAGUACGAGUACAGCGGCAGCGAAGAGGAAGACGAAGAGCGGGACGUCGGGGAGCCCAGCUCCAUCAUCAACAUCCCGGGCGAGUCGACGCUGAGGCGGGACUUCCUGCGCUUGCAGCUGGCCAAUAAGGAGCGCUCGGAGCUGAUUCGCCGGCAGCAGUUGGAGCAGCAGCAGAACGAGGAGCAUAAGCGCCAACUGCUGGCCGAGCGGCAGAAGCGCAUCGAGGAGCAGAAGGAGCAGCGCCGACGCCUGGAGGAGCAACAACGUCGCGAGCGCGAAAUGCGCAAGCAGCAGGAGCGAGAGCAGAGGAGGCGGUACGAGGAGAUGGAACAGAUUCGCCGAGAGGAGGAGAGGCGGCACGCCGAGAGGGAGCAGGAGUACAUCCGUAGACAACUGGAGGAGGAACAGAGGCAGCUGGAGAUCCUGCAGCAGCAGCUACUGCAGGAACAGGCCUUGCUGCUGGAGUACAAGCGGAAGCAAAUCGAGGAGCAGCGUCAGGCGGAGCGCCUGCAGAGGCAGCUGCAGCAGGAGCGAGCGUACCUGGUGUCGCUGCAGCAACAGCAGCAGCAGGAUCCCCAGCAGCCGCAGCAGCGCCCUCCGCAGGACAAGAAGCAACUGUACCACUACAAGGACCAGGCGCCCGGCGCCCUCAACGACAAGCCCGCCUGGGCCAAGGAGGUGAUGCGUCGUGCCCAGAGCAACUCCCCUCGCAUCCCCCUCAAGAAGUACCACUCCUUUAGGCACGCUCGAGACCCUCACCUGGACCCCCUCCUCUUACUGCCCGGCUAUAAGCCGGCUCGGCGCCGCCCGCCCUCCUACCCCGCCCACGUCAGCCCCUCCCGGGACCCGCUCCGUCUGCAGCCGCGCAUCCGGAUUACCUGCGCCCCGCCCGGGGUCGACCCUCGAGGCCGCAGUCCCGGCCGGCGGCACAAAGCGUCCAACCGGAUCUCGGACCCGUCGCUGCCCCCCCGCUCGGAGUCCUUCAGCAGCGGCGCCAUCCAGCAGGCCCGCACGCCGCCCACGCACCGGGCCGUGGAACCGCAGAUGGCGCACCUGGUGCAGGUGAAGAGCCCGGGCCUGUCGGGCUCUCAGUCGCUGUACGACCCGCACGGGGUGUCCGCCCCGUCGCCCUCGCGCCCCCCCGUGCCCCGGCAGAACUCGGACCCCACCUCCGACACCCCUCCUCCUCCCCUGCCUCUGGCGCGUCUGGCGCCCCCCCUCGACAAGCUGGACCGCAGCUCCUGGCUGCGGCAGGACGACGACGUGCCCCCCAAGGUCCCGCAGAGGACCACGUCCAUCUCGCCCGCUUUGGUUAGGAAGAACUCCCCGGGAAACGGUCCCGGCCUCCUGGGUCCCCGUUCCGGAGCGCACCUGAUCCGGGCCAGCAACCCCGACCUGCGGAGGAUGGACGUUUCCUCCGACGCGCCUCUGAAGAGGACGAGCAGCGGCAGCUCCUCCAGCUCCAGUACCCCCAGCUCGCAGGGGGGCUCCAACGAGCGAGCCAACGCGGCCGGGAACCCCGAAAGCUCGGCGCCGACGUCCGACGAGCCCAAAGACGACGGCAGGGACCCGUCUAGGCCCGGCCGGCCCGCGAGCUAUAAGAAAGCUCUGGACGAGGACCUGACAGCGUUGGCCAAAGAACUCCGAGAAUUGCGUCAGGGCGAAGAAAGCAGCCGUCCGCCCGUCAAGGUCACCGACUACUCUUCGUCCAGCGAGGAGUCGCACAGCAGCGAGGACGAGGAGGGAGACGGGGAGGGCGGCGCCAACGACGGAACCGUGGCCGUCAGCGACGUCCCGCGCAUCAUGCCGGCUGCCGGGCGAGGGGCGCGGGAGUCGCCGGGUGUGACGGGCGAACGCGACGACUCGCACGACGACAACUCUGGAGACGGCACCCUGAUGAUGCGCGAGUACGGGACGGGCGGCGGCGGCACCAAGGCCUCCUUCACGCCGUUCGUGGACCCGCGGGUGUACGGGACGUCCCCGACUGACGACGAUGACAACAUCUCCGCUUCAGCGCUGUUCGCCGACGAGCUGCUGAAGCAGGAGCAGGCGCGGCUGAACGAAGCCCGCAAGAUCUCGGUGGUCAACGUCAACCCCACCAACAUCCGACCGCACAGCGACACGCCCGAGAUCCGCAAGUACAAGAAGCGCUUCAACUCGGAGAUCCUGUGCGCCGCGCUCUGGGGGGUCAACCUCCUGGUGGGAACGGAGAACGGCCUGAUGUUGCUGGACCGCAGCGGGCAGGGCAAAGUUUACAACCUGAUCAACCGACGACGCUUCCAGCAGAUGGACGUCCUGGAAGGUCUCAACGUGCUGGUCACCAUCUCAGGCAAGAAGAACAAGCUGCGGGUCUACUACCUGUCCUGGUUGAGGAAUAGAAUCCUCCACAACGACCCCGAGGUGGAGAAGAAGCAGGGCUGGAUCACUGUGGGGGACCUGGAGGGAUGCGUCCACUACAAAGUCGUCAAAUAUGAAAGGAUCAAGUUCUUGGUGAUCGCCUUGAAGAACGCGGUGGAGAUCUACGCCUGGGCUCCCAAGCCUUACCAUAAGUUCAUGGCCUUCAAGUCUUUCACAGAGCUGCAACACCGCCCCCUGCUGGUGGACCUGACCGUGGAGGAGGGCCAGAGGUUAAAGGUCAUCUACGGCUCUAACGCCGGUUUCCACGUGGUAGACGUCGACUCGGGAAACCCGUACGACAUCUACAUCCCUUCGCACAUUCAAGGUCAAGUGACGCCGCACGCCAUCGUGGUUCUGCCCAAGACGGACGGCAUGGAGAUGCUGCUGUGCUACGAGGACGAGGGCGUCUACGUCAACACGUACGGACGCAUCACCAAAGAUGUGGUGCUGCAGUGGGGCGAGAUGCCCACCUCUGUCGCCUACAUCCACUCCAAUCAAAUCAUGGGCUGGGGCGAGAAAGCCAUCGAGAUCCGCUCGGUGGAGACGGGACACCUGGACGGCGUCUUCAUGCACAAGCGAGCUCAGCGCUUGAAGUUCCUAUCUGAGAGGAACGACAAGGUGUUCUUUGCGUCGGUGCGUUCCGGAGGCAGCAGCCAAGUCUUCUUCAUGACCCUCAACAGAAGCUCCAUGAUGAACUGGUAACCACGGCCGGAUCCGCGUGACGCCGAGCGGCCUCGGAGCGGCGGACGGGCCCGUAGAGGCCGACCGCUAAAUGAAACGUUUUGGCUCGCUCUUCGCCCCGGAAAUAAAAGCGUUUUGGAAGGGAGAAGAGGAAAACAACCGAGUCAGAACUCAUUGACGGCCGUCCGUUCGGAUCGAGAUGGACUCGUCCGCCGGGCAAAGAGAACCUACGUAAACAGAAAAAGCUGCUUUAGGAAGGUUAUCAAAAUGAGUGUUCUAGAAAUGUUGUCCGUUCUUUCUUUAUGCACUACCAAAAACUUGUCAGGGGGGAAAUUUCUGUUUGACAUUUUCCUUGUCGGCUAUUUGGCCGCCAUUGACCGCCGUUGAGACAUCCCAUCCGUUUUGACCGAAAGGGUUUACGCGCGGUCAAAUAGGAUUAGACGCCCGGCGUCGUCGAUGGGAGUCCGUCCAUCAAAUCGCUGCCCGUUUUUUAGCUCGUGAUGAGACGUUCAAAGAAAAGCUGAGCUCUGUUUGGAAAUGAGCAAAUUUCCACUCUGUUUUAGUAGGAACGUCGCCCUGACCGAGGUGGGUCGAUUGGCGUUUGUCACCUUUUCUGGACCUUUGUUUAUUAGUCCCGCCCACUCAAAAUGAAUGGGACAUCUAAUGUCGAGUGAUGAGCGACAAAUGCCGAUUUGAACUCGUUGUCGGCGAGGGACGUUUUCCUCCGCGCCGACGCUCGCUUUUUUCGUCGGCCGUCACGUUUUCGCCCUCCGUCCGGAUAUCUGAAAAAUCUGGUUGUCGUAGAAAUGUUUUCGUAAAGCGGGGGGGAAAAAACACGACUAGCAUUAACUAAAACGUGACUGAAUUGUAGUCUAGUGAGGAUAAUGAACUAGAAAAAAACUUCUGGAAGUCACGCACAUGCUGUUCGUUCCUCACUGAUAGCGUCAUUUGUUUCUGAAUUUCUUCAAGUUUGGCCCCCACGUUCCUGCCCUAGCACAAACUGGACGUUUUUUAUUUUUAUUUUUUUUUCUGGCAU